CAGGGGGUGGGGAAAUGGUGACACCUCCAGGAAGCCGCCGCCGGGACGCACGGAGGGGCGGCAGCCCGUUGGCUGGCAGCUCCCCACCGCCUCCGCCGAGGCGCAGCGCAGCGAGCCCCGCGGGGUGCCGCUAGCCCGCCCGCCCGCCGCCGCCGCAGCCAUGGGCUCCCCGCAGCGACCGCCGCUCGCACACGUCUUCAGGGGCACCUUCGUGCACUCCAGCGCCUCGGCGCCCAUGGAGAUCCUCCACGGACAUCUGCUGGGGGUGGACGAGAGCGGGACGAUUGUGUUUUUGGAACAAACUGAUCAGCAAGAGCAACUGGCUAGGAAGUGGGGGUUCAAAACGUCUGACAUAAGAGAACUGAGUAACCAUGAAUUUUUCAUGCCAGGAAUGGUUGAUACACACAUUCAUGCUCCCCAGUAUUCGUUUGCUGGUACAAGAGUAGAUCUACCUCUUUUGCAGUGGUUGACUACCUACACAUUCCCAACAGAAGCCAAAUACAAAGACAGUGACUUUGCAGAAGAAGUGUACACCAGAGUUGUUAGACGAACUCUAAAGAAUGGCACAACUACAGCUUGCUACUUUGCGACAAUUUACACAGAUACUUCUCUUCUUCUUGCUGAAAUUAUCGAUAAAUUUGGUCAACGAGCAUUUGUUGGAAAAGUCUGCAUGGAUAUGAAUGACAAUGUGCCACAAUACAAAGAGACUACUGAAGACUCUGUCCAAGAGGCAGAAAGAUUCGUUAAAGAACUACUGGAAAAGAAAUAUCCAAGGGUACAGCCUGUAAUAACUCCCCGCUUUGGUCCUUCCUGCACAGAGGAUUUGCUUUGCGCGCUUGGUGAUUUAGCACAGGCUUGUGACCUCCAUGUGCAGAGUCACAUAAGUGAAAAUGAAGAAGAACUCAAACUUGUGGAGAACAUGUUUCCUGCCUACCAGAAUUACACUGAAUUAUAUGAUAAAAACAAGCUGCUUACCAGCAAGACAGUGAUGGCUCAUGCCUGUUAUCUUUCUGAAGAAGAGCUGAAACUUUUUAGUCUUCGUGGAGCUGCAAUUUCACAUUGCCCCAAUUCUAAUUUUUCGUUGCGCAGUGGUGUCUUAAAUGUGCAGAAGGUCCUGAAACACAACGUGAAACUUGGCCUUGGCACAGAUGUGGCUGGUGGAUAUUCAGCUUCUAUGCUUGAUGCCAUCAGGAAAACAAUGAUGGCAUCUAACAGCCUUCAGAUCAAUAAAGAGAAUGAAACAGGAGUAACUCUUGAAGAAGCUUUUCAACUAGCCACUCUGGGAGGAAGCCAAGCUCUAGGACUAGACGAUGUGAUUGGCAACUUUGAGGUUGGCAAAGAAUUUGAUGCACUGCUAAUCAACACAAAGGCUUCAGACAGCCCAUUUGAUUUGUUCUCUGCUGAUAAUUUUGAGGAUACUCUCCAGAAGUUCCUGUAUCUAGGUGAUGAUCGGAAUAUUUCUGAAGUGUAUGUGGCUGGAAAACAAGUGGUUCCUUUUUCAAGUUCAGUAUAAAUCCAUUUCCCUUUUGCAAAAUGCUCUGCUGGUCGCUCUGCAUCUGAUUUGGAAUAGACUGAUUAAACACAGUGCCUGAUCAUCAGGAAUGACACCUCAUUUUUGUUUAAUGUUUUAAAACUUGCAAGCAUUAGAAAUUUUGUUAGACCUUUCAAGAAUUACUUUACCAAAAUUGUCAUAGUUCUAGAGGAAAAGAAUAUUUAAAUUUUUGUGUAAAAUAGCAUGUGUGCAUAGAUAAGGGAUUUGGUAAAUACCUUAAUUAAAGAGGACACUUGCUAUUCCUUUUAAUAGUAGUGUAGGAAGUAUUAUGAAGAGCAAUGAGACCAUCAUUGUCUAUAAUGCAUUUGAAUUAAAAAAAAAAAAAAGAAAGAAGCCAGUGCUAGUAAAUCGAUUUUGCAGGUAAUGAAUAUAGUGGAAGAAUGCAAUUUCUAUAAUAUUAUAUUAUUUCCAAGUAUGGUAAAAUCAGUGGCAUUUGGGGGCAUUUAGAACAUUUUUCAGUUUUCUUUAGGAGCUCAUUUUUUAAGGGAAAUUGGAUGAGAAGUAUGUAUUUAUAAAAAAAUAAGGGUCCUUAUUAUUAAAAGAAUUCCAAUUUUUCAUUUUUAGUCAGACAGAAGUGAAUUGGUGGAAGAACCAAAAGAAACGGGGCAUUAGUCAUAGGGACAUGGCGUGCGAGAGUGGGAGGGCUGCAUUGUUCUGUGAUACCAUCAGCUGAAAACGCAUUUCCACAGAAUUUGUUCCUAGGUCUAGAACUGGUCAGCCAGACCUUCCACCUACUCUGUUGUAUUCAUUUCAGUUGAGUGACAGCUGAAUGAAACCUGUAUUAAAUUAGAAUCAGGCACUAAGAUACUUGAGCAGCUAUUGAAUGGCAAACAAAUUAUGAUGUUUUUCUGGACUAAAGAGAGUGCUUCAUCUAGUUCAGCUUCCUGCAGAACCUUCCAAAGGUCAUUUGCUCCUGACUGUUCAGACAGAAGGAGCCCCUUCUUUCUGUAAGGGAAGUGAGUUUGUUUUUAAAAAGUGCAAGAGAAAUGGGGUAUUGCUGGCCAUUACCAUCUUUGACUUGAGGUGGAAAUUGUCACUCGACAAUGCAGCUCAGCUUUAAUGUGCUCUUUGGUUUCUUUCAAUUUGGCAGCCACAAUUCCAGCCCUGUACAACUCCAGGUAAAAUGUGUGCCCUUUUUAUUUUGGAAAUUUGUGUGACUUCCUUUCUUAAAAAUCAUAUUUCCCUAUUUUUUAUCAGAGACGUUUUUUCUUUUUUUCCUGAAGUUGGUUUGAGAGGGGAUUGCUUCUUGUUUGUUUAUUAUGUUUUUGCAACGCAAAAGAUGUAAGCUUUAAUUUCAGUGUCGGUGGAGACAAUAUUGUGUUGAGUUACUGCAGAUAUGUGUUGAAUAUUGUUUUAUGGCCUGCUUCAAACUCCUUUGAUUUCACUAUGCUUUGUUUCACACUUUUAUCUCACUGUAUGGGGAUAUAAAGGCACAGGACUUCCCUGUGUUCACAGAACAAGGGAGGUCACUGCACCAAAGUCUCACUUCAUGUCUACUUCUGAGAGAGUACUUGACCCAAUAUCAUUGAUAACUUUCUGAUAUUAAAAGCAUUUUCUGAGCUUAUGUACCGUUAUGGUUACGUCUGCAUGAGCCAGUAUGGCAUCAAGUGGAAGUGUAAAAGUUGGCUUGGGCGCUUAAAGCAGCACAGUCUUUUCAGUGUGGUUUUUUUGCCAAAGCUGAGCAGCCCUACUGACCAGCAGGGGAUAUUGGCUUGCAGGCACCACCCCGGUGCAGCUACACAGCUUGCUCCUGGAGAGUUAGCUCAGGUAUUUUCACAGGGUGCUGCGCUCUGCAUGCACUUGUGGAGGUGCAGCCUUCAUGUCCAUUAUGAUCAAUGAUUCCUAAGGCUUUAGGAGUCAAGAUUUGGGGAUUAAGAUUUCCACAUUCCAUCAGGGUGUUUUCUUAACCACUUUGUUUUUCAUGUGUCCCAAUCACCUACACAGUAGCACACAUGCUUGGCAAAUACGAUUGUCAGCGCUUGGUUUCCUGAUUCAGGGAGCAUUUUUCCUCAUGAAUUUUGACAUGACUUUAAUUGACCAGAUUUCACGUUCCAAAACCAAAGAUCUGUGAGACACGUUUUAAUCCUCCCAGUUAAUGUUUGAAACUAUUUUUAGGGAGUUGCAUGGUUUUCAGCUUUGACUUUCGUUUGAGAAUGUUUUCUGGUGCAGAGAAAGAUUGCACAGCUUUGUAUACAAUGUGUGUUUGUGCCCUACUUCUUCACCUCCAGAGCUAUGAAUUAAAUGAGCGCUUUACUGUAGUGGUAGCCUUAACUGUCUCUGACUGCACUGUUUCUCGCUAUUUUGUAGUGUUGUUAAGAAUGGGAUUCAGCAUUUCUUCUUCAAAGAUUUGUGGGGGAGGAAGAGUUGCUUAUUUGCAAACUUGGAAUACAGAAAAACUUUAACAAGUUCAACACUAUACUGCUGGCCCAGUUACAAAGGGAUGCUUUGGCAGCCCUAGGAUAACUGCUGCCAGUGAGCUUGUAUCUGAGUAUUGGCUGUGUCAUGAGCAAUUUGAUUCUUGUUAAAUUCAGGCACAAGAUAGGAACUCAGCCUUUUGAUUAGAGCUUUACUAGUGUCUAGUACCCAGACACUACCCAGACUCAGAAACGGAGACUCAACUUUUGAAGAAUCUCAGCUGCAGAAGGAACUUUGUUUGGAGGUAGUGCCAUGGGCCCCUGCAGUGCUAAAGACCAGAAGGAGGGAGGACCAAGAUCUGUAACAUUACACUAACUGCUGAAGUGCUUAGGAGUGAAGGAAAGAAGCUUGAAUUUUAUGUGAGAGGAAGCCAGUAGAGGAAUUAAUAUAACAAAUAAACCAGGAGGUACUUUCAACUGCAGCAUCUUAAAUAGAAUUCAAGGGAAGAAGGCUGUAGUGUCAGAAAAAAAGCUGAGGUUGGGUUCUCUGAGGUAGUCAUGAAAGCUUGUUCAGUGGAAGAUGGCUUACACACAGAAAUUUAAGGGUUUAGGAGAUACAGAGGAUGUAGUUGCCAAACUUCUCUGAAGCAAUUUUGGUAAGUCCCUGAGGAUCCUAUUGUGAAGUUUCAGUCCUUGGGACUCCCUGACUAUGUGUAGAUUUCCAAAAUACUUGUUCCAGUAGGGGAGGAUAAGCAGAUGAAAGCAGUUACUGCUAGGACUUGUACAUUUACACUAUAUGUAGCUUAAGACUUCAUAUAGUCUGUUUCCUUGGAUAAAUGUCCUCACUGCAUAUGCAGUUUGAAGCAGGCCAAAUGAUUGGUUCAGACUCUUAGUGUCUCUUCUAGAGGCUAGAGUAUAUUUAGCAUGCAGCUGAGCCUCCGGUGUAGUUUUCGCCAAAAUAAACUUCAUUCUUGCGUACCAAAACCACUCUGCGAACUGAACCAAGGUUCCAUAAGGGAGGAUGAUUGGAAAUUCACUUCAGAACAGCACUACUGUCUCAAACCAAAAUGCUAAUGGAGAUGGAGCUGAGGACUUGGGACUAUUUUCCCUCCAUCUUUAUUGUCAUAGAACUUAGUAGCUGAAGACAAAUAAAAGCAUCCUCCUUCCCUCUUCCUUCCUCUUCUUAAGAGGAAAAAAAAAAAAAAAAAAAGAAAGUUAAAAUUAAGCAACCAAACACUGAGGAGAGAUGAGUAAGUGGAAGAAAAGAAAGGGACAAUUUUCAGUCAGUAUAAAUUGACACAGUGAUACAGACUGAAAAUAAAACCUCUGGAAAAAUGUACACACAGCGGUUUCCAAAUGUCACUCCCUAUUAGUUCUAUUGCCAGCUUGUGGAUUGAUCUUUGUUUCUUAAUGUGUCUUUUGUGUUCAAAGUUAGCACUCCAUUCAGACAAAGAAAAGGGUAGUUUGUGGAAAGCUUGCGUGUUGGGACAAUAUGCUUACUGUGUUCUAUGUUCAGAUGAGCACUUAUUAUAAAUGGAAUGUAUUUAAAUUACUGUUACAGGUUGAUCUCAUUGUGUCACUUUAGGUUUUGAUUAUUAAUGAAAUGCUAGUAAGUAUUGCCUAUGCAUUAUGCAGCAUUAUUUGAAUUAUUCAUGUGUGGCAAGUGGAGUUCUGCACUUUAAAAUGUUGUCUUGACCUAAAGCAACAUUUGGGUUAUAUUUAUUCUGUGGGGUUUGUGCAACCAGAAAGCUUUGUAGGGGGAAAAAUAUGUGUUUGCUCACUGGACUGAACAUUUUCAUUAUUGUAUUGUAAGUGGACUUAUUGUUAAAAAAAAGAAAUGUUAAACUGACCCUGUGUAAAAGUCUGUGCCUGAUUAUAGUCAUGAAUGAAAAAAUUAUAAUGGUUUAAUGAAAGCUCACAUGAAGUAACGUUUUAAUUUUAAAAUAUUUACAGAGAAAUAGAUUCUUUUGUAUUUUAAUUGUGAUUAUGCAAUGUGGAUUAGCAAAAAGGUAGUAAUUCUUGCUAAAUAUCUACUGUUUUACUGCACAAAGGAGAAUGUAAGUAUUCUGAUCAUACAUUCAAAAACAAUACACAAGUCUUGAAAAGAAGACUUGUGUAUUGUCUUUCAAAGAAUAUCCCAGUUUUAAAAUGAAAUAUAUUAACAACAUUACUCAAACAAGCUGUUUAAAAAUAUUGGUUUGAGCAUUUCCAGGAACAAUCCAUAACAGAUGAUAUGGUGGACAGCUUUUAAAAUACUGGAUUUCUAUGAAUAAACAGUGCUGCCUUAUCUGCAGCCUGUGUGUAGCAGUGGUCAACUCAUCUCAAAUGAUAGUGUACAAGUAGAGGUAUUUUUUUAAAAAAAAAAAAAGGUAGGAAAAGCCAAGGGAUUUUGAAAAUUUGAGACAGGACCAUGGAAAGG